CUUAAAACAAUCAGUAUGACAUCCUCCAACGAAGCCAGCUGCCCACGCAGUCGACAAAACUCAACAACUUCGCUCAAUAACCCUGCUGGCAGCCCAUCUUCUAGGAAAACCUCUCACUCCCGUAACGAUUCGGAAGUUAUUGCUGCUUCUGGAGUCAGACAUCCUUCAGCCAACCAUAGGCCCAACGCUUCCCUAUCAGGAUCUCCAGGCCAUCUCCGCCCAAGGUCUUCUCGUACUGCUUCACCCGUUUCAACACUCUCUCGGAGGAAGUCAUCACCCAACCUCUCAGUACCCCCAUCUGGCAGAAACAUGUUUGGAGGCGAUGGAUCCCACACUUCUGGAGCUGAACGUAUCAUCAAGGGUACAAGCAAAUGGUUGAGGGACAAAAUGGGUAGCGGCGGGGAAAAGAACGACCAUUGGUUAGUACUGGAUCUUCCUUCGCCAUCGAUGCUUAGCGACGCGGGGAGUAUGGCCAUACCCGUUUACGACACUCGAGGAUACCCAUCCCGUGAAGGAUCUCUUGAUAGGCCUCCCGCCGAGGCCGACGCAGGAACUCGUCAACAAGGGCCCGCCCUCACGUCCGGUCCCGAAAUCAACGUAUGCCUCUCUCAGUCUACAAAGAACAAGCCCAGCCCUCUCGGAUAUACACACAAUGCAAGUCUCACGCCCCUUGCAGCUCAGUUUCCAGCUCGUAGUGCAUCACCGCUCAACGCAUCGCUACCAAGCUUGGCGGACUUCUACCCCGAUACAGUCGUUUUUGGCAAUAGGACAUUCGGCAGCGACCCAAGGCCGGCUCUGAGUGUUUUUGGCAGCUCGGGAUCUUCAAUUAUGACCAUUCGAAGCAUUUCCUCAUUGAGAAGUGGAUUUGGAACUGAUACAGAUAGUGCCGCAAGAUUCAGACUCGAUUCCGACGCGGGCUCAGAUGAGGGACUGAUUGACAGAGCGGCGAUGCUAAAGAGGCAUGCGGCCAAAAGCGCGUAUGGUAUGAAGAAUAUUCUCCCCAAAUCAAGGCUUGUCAAUGAAUUGGAAGGGAAUGAAGAAAAACGAGGCCUGUAUGAUUUGCUUCCCUUCCAUAUUGAUCCCUCCCAGUGGGAAGGGGCGAACCCCGAGGAUGAUGACGAACUGCACAGACCGGAAUCACAAGAUGAACUUGAUACCCAGUACUUUUCAAGCCGUGGGCUUGCCAACCUGGGCUGCUUGGCAAUCAUGGGCCUAGCUGUUGUUAUCCUUUUCGCCGGCUUGCCUAUCUUCGAGUAUUACAUUACUCUACCCGCAGACACGCAUGGAGGGUUUAAUAUAGGAGGUAUCAAUUCCACGGGGCAAGUGCCUGACGUAGCCAACAUUUUCCAGCUAAUUGAUCCCGACACGCCCCCCGAAGCCUAUACUCAUAAAAGUUUAGACACAGGGGAGGAAUGGGACCUCGUUUUCUCAGACGAGUUCAAUGAGGAUGGACGAACUUUCUAUAAUGGUGAUGACCCUUUCUGGGAAGCCGCCGACUUACAUUAUUGGCAAACCAAUAACUUGGAAUGGUAUGACCCCAGUCGAUUGACUACUAAAAAUGGAAAACUGGUCAUUACCCUUGAUGAAAUUUUUAGUCAUGGCAUGAAUUUUGAAGGGGGUAUGAUGUCCAGUUGGAAUAGGUUUUGCUUUACAGGUGGUUAUAUGGAAGUUUCUGUAUCUCUCCCCGGCACAAAUGACAUUCCUGGUCUCUGGCCCGCUGUUUGGGCUAUGGGAAACUUGGGACGGGCGGGAUAUGGAGGAUCUCUUGAUGGCACGUGGCCAUAUACCUAUGAUUCAUGCGACGUCGGCACGCUACCCAAUCAGACGCUCAAUGGUAAACCAACAGUAGCGUUGACUCAAGGUGAUCCGGGCCAUAACAACGAGCUCUCGUACUUGCCUGGACAACGUCUCUCAAGAUGCACCUGCCCUGACGAUGACACUCACCCCGGGCCUAAACAUUCUGAUGGAUCUUUUGUAGGGAGAUCAGCCCCUGAGAUUGAUAUAUUUGAGGCUACUCUUGAUAUGUCGAUUGGCAAGGGUCAAGUGUCGCAGUCCGGACAAUGGGCACCUUUCAACCCAAACUACCACUUCAUCAAUUCUUCCAGCAAAUAUUACGAAAUUUAUGACAAUGAUGUUACCCAGAUUAAUACCUAUAUGGGCAGUGUUUAUCAACAGGCUACGUCUGGCUUGAGUUUGACCAACCAAGAAUGCUAUACCGACGAGACUGGUUGUUUUGCGGUCUAUGGAAUGGAAUAUGCUCCCGGAGCGGAUGGUUAUAUCACUUGGGUCAACGACAACAAGAAAGCUUGGACUGUCCGUGGAGCUGCUAUGGGACCUAAUAAAGAAGCUGGAGUUGAUCAACGGCUUGUGACAGAAGAACCGAUGUACAUGGUACUCAACUUGGGUAUCUCAGAGAACUUCGGGGCUGUCCAUUUCGUUGGCUUACAAAAGCUAUGGCCUGUGCAAAUGGAGGUCGAUUAUGUUCGAGUAUAUCAGGACCCAAAGAAGAAGAACAUAGGCUGUGACCCAGCUGACCGCCCAACGGCGUCAUAUAUCUCCCGAUUCCCCGAGGCAUACUCGAACGCGAAUAUUACAACUUUCGAUCAAGUUCCGAAUAAGAAACGACCUAAGAACAGUUUGGUUGAUCAAUGCUAACCAGAUUUUAUUUGUUUCUUUUCACACAAUUUUCAGAUCAUCAGCAUCCUCGUAUACCCUUUUACAUGGUGUAACAGCUUCCAGGACAUUUGGACGACCAUUACCGUAGCCAAAAAAAUCAUUACAGGUACAUGUCAUAUACACGAUGC